AUGGAUUUGAAACCCCCAAACUUUAAAGCAGGUGAAGCCAAUUCAGCUAACAUCUGGCCAAAGUUGAGGCAGUCUUUUGAAGUGUUUUUAGCCGCUGCAGACCUGCAGAAUGCUGAUGAAAAACGAAAAUGUUGUCUGUUGUUGCACUGCAUAGGUCAGGAAGGCCUAGACAUUUUCAACACACUGGAAUUUAAAUCAAAUGAAGUGGACAAAUUUGAUGUUCUUAUUGUUAAAUUUGAUAACUAUUUUGUGCCCAAAAUUAACGUAACUUACGAAAGGCACAAAUUUUUUAUGAGAAAUCAAAAAACCGGAGAAAAUUUCGAGAAUUACGUGACCGAGCUUAAAUCUCUAUCCAACUCAUGUGAUUUUGUAAAUGGGGCCAGCACAGUAGUUGAAGAGUGGACUGAAGUAGUUCAAGUCAGCAAAGCACCCAAGGUAUAUAUUAAAUUUAAAUUAGAUACAGGGUCCCAAGCUAGCAUAAUUCCCAAAGCUAUAUUUGAACAAAUUCCUAGAGCCAAAUUAUUUAAAUCAAAUAAUAAAUUAAUAAAUUACAAUGGAACUCGCAUUGGAAAUUUGGGCAAAUGUUCUCUGGACUGCAUUGUCUCAAAUAAACGAAUGGCCAACUUAGACUUUCUUGUUGUAGAUGCUGUAAAUAUUCCACCAAUUUAA